AGGGAACAUGGGGGAGUGACUUGUCCACAAAAAAUGGAGCUCUCUCAAUCUGUAAUUGACAGUUUGUCAGUAGUUGGUGAUUCUGCCCACGUUCCUGACAAGUGUUAUCAAAAAUUACUUGAUGCAGCAUUCAAUGGAGUUGUUGACUCGGAGCAAAGAAAUCAAAUAUCGGGAGACAAUGCAUUCAGCGGUGUUGACAAGGCAGUACUGAAAGAGGCUUAUGCUGGGCUGGUGUCCUGUAUCAUUGAAGCCACCAAGCAUGACACAGAGACAGCCUCACUGGAGUCUGUGCUGGAGGACUGUAAAUUUACAGCUGACAGAAUCAAAGCUUUUGUAUCAAGUUACCAGGAAAGAAAACAAAUCUUGCAGAUUCUGCUUGGAAAUAUUGGAGUAUCUCCCCCUCAUAUUGUUGAUGUUGAUUGGAGAUUAGAUUACUAUAUCAAGAACAACCACUUGGAGAAAGUUAACCAAGCUGUCUAUUUGAUAUCAUUAAAGACAGAGGUACCAGGGAAGCCAGGUAUUCAGGAGAUACAGUUUUCAUGUACACAAGAACAAUUACAGGAUUUUGUUGGAAAAUUAAAAGACGCUACAAAAUGUCUCGAGAAAAUCAGUGCGGCACAGUAGAAGCAGACUUUAAGGAUGCUGUGGAAGGCUUACUUAUCUUGUAUGGGAACAAGUGAUGUGUGGAUGUGAUAUGGAAGUAUGAAAGAUAACUAUAGGUACAACAGGUAUAGGAACUGUCUAGUGAGAAAGUUGUGUGGCAGGUAAAGCUCUGUAUAUUAAAUAUAACAUGUAUGUAUGUGUUUUAUUUUGCAAAGUUGUUAUCUUAAAGAGGUUUAAUUUUUCAUUAUCUCUGAGAAUGGAAUCCUGAAUUCUAGAUACUUUGAGAACAAAAUUAAGAGAUAAAAAUCAUAUUUUGUAUCAUAACCUUCAUUUCUCCUUUACGUUUUACAUUUAUGUUUUGAAAUUUGAGCCAUAGGAAAAAAAUUAAUUUUUUUUUGUAAUAAUACCUUUAAAAUGUUUUGUGUAAUGAUAUUUCAAAUCCAGGUAACCAUCUUUUUAGUAUUAAACAAAAAUCAGGAGAACAGCAAAUAUUGUACAGUGUAUUGGUGUUUCUGAUUUUGUACAGUGUAUUGGUGUUUCUGAUUUUGUACAGUGUAUUGGUGUGUCUGAUUUUGUACAGUGUAUUGGUGUUUCUGAUUUUGUACAGUGUAUUGGUGUUUCUGAUUUUGUACAGUGUAUUGGUGUAUCUGAUUUUGUUGUUUUCAUGUUGAACAUUCUACUUUUAAUUAUUUUUUUCCCAUUUCAAUUUUAACUGCUAAAACCAUCAACUUGAAAGUUUUAUAAGAAAAAUCUUCUGGUAUUCCAAUAAAAAUGUCAUAAGAUUUGAAAUAAAUACGUUGUUAGCUCACCUGGUCCUGUUUUGAUGUCCAGGAAAGUUUGCAAAAAGAAAUGACCUUUCCGCAUAUUCAAGGUCAAAGGGGUCAAAUGUGUUAAACCUUUGAAUUACAUUUUCUGAUGAUCCAAAACAUCUAGGAUAGUGAUAUUAUUCCAAAAUAGGUUCUCAAUAAUGCCCGGUAAUAUAUUUGAGAACAGAAAUGACCUUGACCCAUGUUCAAGGUCACAAUAGUCAAACGUGUUAAACCUUUGAACAACUUCUGAUUAAGCUAAAGGCUUAGGAUCAUAAUAUUUGUCCAAAAGGUUCCCUUAAUGGUGCCCACAUAGUGUGUGAAAAAAUAGCUUGACCCAUAAUGAUAUUUAAGGUCAUUGGGGUUAGAUUUGGUAAAAUAGUUAAUCAACUUCUUCUGAUUAACCAAAAACCCAUCAUAUUUGGCCAUUAAAGGCUUAUAUACAAAUGACUUAUUUUGGACUACUAAGGGACAGAACCCAUAUGGAGUAAUUUGUCAUAUUGCUUUAAGUAUCUAUUGUGGAACAUAUGCACAGAUAUUGUACAGUUGGUCAUAAAGAUCCAGGUGAGCGAUACAGGCCCUCUGGGCCUCUUGUAUUGAAUUUGAGUGUUUGAGUGAAAAUUACUUGUAUAAGAUCCAGUUACUAUUUUAGUGUUUAUCAUUUCAAAUAAUUUUGAUCAUGGGAUUUUUGUUACAUUCUAAUUGUAGAAAAUAUUAUUAUCAUAAAACUGUUAAUGCUGAUGCGUCUACAUGUAUUGUAUGAUGUGUCUGCAUUUAUUGUAUGAUGAGUCUACAUGUAUGUGUCUAUAUGUAUUUUAUGAUGUGUCUAUAUGUAUGAUGUGUCUACAUGCAUUAUAUGAUGUAUCUAUAUAUAUGAUGUGUCUACAUGUAUUAUAUGAUGUGUGCAUUUGUUGUAUGAUGUGUCCACAUAUAUGUGUCUAUAUGUAUUGUAUGAUGUGUCUACAUGUAUGAUGCGUCUACAUGCAUUAUAUAUAUGAUGUAUCUACAUAUGAUAUAUCUACAUGUAUCAUAUGAUGCAUCUACAUAUAUUUAUGAUAUGUCUACAUAUAUUUAUGAUGCAUCUACAUAUAUUUAUGAUGUGUCUAACUAUAUGCCUACAUGUAUUGUUUGAUGUGUCUAAUGAUGUGUCUACAUCUAAUGUCGUCGAUCAUAUCCUUGUAAGAUUUUCUUGUAUGUCAACCUCUUGUAAUUUAGAAUUAGAAUUUCAGUAAACAUUGGGAAAUAAGAAAAACCUGGAAAUUGUCAUUUAAAAAAAUGAAGCUGUCCAUUAUACUAUGGUGUUAUGAAUAACAGUGAAAGAUACAUAUUGGGUAAUGACAGAAAUAAUAUAGUACAACAGCGAGACACUGAGAACAAUAUCAGAAUACAGUGGAUACAAUGUGACAGUAGGUCACUAUACUACAUCCAUUAUUUAUAAAAUAUAGCACCUUUAAGGAUGUAAAAUUUUGAGGUUGUUGUCCUGAUGAAGCCCGGAGAGGGCUAAACUGGUUCACAGUUACGAAUAAAUUUAAAGAGCCUACCCGAA